CACGUCCGCCACGGGACUCCAGCUCCCGGCAUGCCGCGUGGCCCCGCCCACUUCCGGCGCCGGGCGGAAGUUGUCCUUGCGCAGCGAGAGCAUGGCGGCUCCUGAGGCGGCCGAGGAGAAGGUGCGGCGCCCCGGCAAGAAGAAAGCGGCCAGAGUGGUUGAUGAGUCUGAAUUGCUCACUGUGCCGGAUGGAUGGAAAGAGCCAGCAUUUACCAGAGAAGACAAUCCCAGAGGGCUGCUGGAAGAAAGCAGUUUUGCAACGUUAUUCCCCAAGUACAGAGAAGCCUACCUGAAGGAGUGCUGGCCACUUGUCCAGAAAGCCCUGAGUGAGCAUUAUGUGAAUGCAACGCUGGAUCUAAUUGAAGGAAGCAUGACUGUCACUACUACUAAGAAGACUUUUGAUCCAUAUGCAAUCAUCAGGGCUAGAGAUUUAAUAAAACUUCUAGCAAGAAGUGUUCCAUUUGAACAGGCAGUUCGUAUCCUUCAGGAUGAUGUUGCGUGUGACAUCAUUAAAAUAGGUUCUCUUGUGAGGAACAGAGAAAGUUUUGUAAAAAGAAGAGGACGACUUCUUGGGCCAAAAGGAUCUACUCUGAAGGCCCUGGAACUGUUAACCAACUGUUAUAUUAUGGUGCAAGGCAACACUGUUUCAGCUCUUGGACCUUUCAGUGGGCUAAAAGAGGUUAGGAAAGUUGUUCUGGACACAAUGAAGAAUAUACAUCCCAUAUAUAACAUUAAGACUUUGAUGAUCAAACGUGAAUUAUCAAAAGAUCCUGAACUGAGGACACAAAAUUGGGAAAGAUUUUUGCCUAAGUUCAAGCGGAAGAACUUGAAAAAACGCAAGGAACCAAAGAAGAAAAAUAUUAAGAAGGAGUACACACCAUUCCCACCUCCACAGCCAGAAAGCCAGAUUGAUAAAGAAUUGGCAAGUGGUGAAUACUUCUUGAAAGAGAGCCAGAAGAAACGAAAGCGAGUGGAAGAGAUAAAGGCAAAGCAAGCUGAUGCAGUCAAGAAAAGACAAGAAGAAAGAAAUAAAGCUUUCAUCCCACCAAAGGAAAAGCCAGCUGUGAAAGCAAAGAAAGCCUCCACUGAGAAAAAAAUUGAUAUUGAAGCCAUCAAGGCAAAAGUAAAGAAUGCAAAGAAGAAGAAAUUAGGAGCACUUCCUAUGGAAGAAGUCAAGUUAAAAAUGGCCGCAGACGAAAAGAAGAAAAAGAAAAAGAAGUAAUUCACCACUCAUGAUGCUCACUUUUCUCCUACAGUAAUGAACGUUUUCAUACUCAGAAAAACUGAGACUUGGAGUAAACCACUUCUUGCUGUCAGUGUAGUGUGGACAAGAAAAUAUUAGGUAGAAAGAUCGUUCUCUUUUCACAAGCCCAUUUUAAUUAAUGGACCUAGAGCAGCUGUGCAAAAUUGUCAAAGUUGGUGUACAAAACCUGCUCUCUCGCAUUUUUUAAGGAAGUGAGAAUGUAUUUGGAUAAUACCCAUCUGCCUAAAGGGAAAGUUUCAUAUUAGAAACAUUUAGGAAUUUGAUGCAGAAUGUGAAGCAGAAAGGAUCAGAGAACUCAGUGGAGUUAAGUGGAAUACUUCUGUGGAAGACUACCGAAUAAAUUUGUCAAGAUGGGCAAGAUUUAUUACUUUAUCAUGCUUUUACUUCUGUAAAAGCUAAUUUUUUUUGUGUGUCUUGUCGUGAUGUUAAUAAACUAUUUUAAUACGUUGUCCUUAAA